UACAUUUUGCAAACUGUUGGAAGCCAGUUGGUCUUUGAUGCAAAAGUAAUUGAGCAGGGAAGGAUUUUGAGUCUUAAUGCAGAUUGCUAUUUAAAAAAGAAUUCAUUUCAGAAGACUAACUUAUGUAAGCGUACAAAUUACCUUAAUGGUGAACAUCUUGGCUUUUCAUGCUGAAACAUGUUGUCUGUCCAGUUAGGUCUGGAAAAUCACUUUUUGUCAUAGUCUUUGAAACACAUAUGCAAUGAUAUAUCCGUCUCUGAUUGACAGGCCAGUGCAAUACAACUCUUGCCUUUGAGCAUGGGGACUUUACCUUCCAAAAAAUGAUGUUGAGUUGAAUUUUACCCUAGCAUCAACAUGGGAUUAAAGUUUUAUCACCGCUACUUACUUUUAUGCUGCAUUUUAACUUUGAGCAUAUGGAUAAUAUUCUACUUGAUAUCACUUUUAUACAACCAAGAAACUAGAGAAUUUACUAUKGACAGUGAUGAGACUAAUUCUGAUGAUCAUGAAGAUGCUGUUGUCCAACUGGGCAUUGUGCGAAAUAAUGAAGAUUUAAAAUUUAAAGAAGAAGGUUAUGAAAAGCAUGCUUUCAACCURUUGAUAAGCAAACGUCUGGGACUGCAUCGUGAAAUUAAAGACACAAGACAUGAAUUAUGUCAUCAGAAAAUGUACUCAUCAAGCCUCCCUUCUGCAAGUGUUAUUAUUUGCUUUCAUAACGAAGCUUUUACUGUGUUGUUAAGAACCAUYCAUAGUGUAUUAGAUAGAACUCCACAGAAUUUACAUGAAAUAAUUUUAGUAGAUGAUUUUAGUGAUAUAUUAAAUUUGAAUGAACAACUGGAGAYCUAUAUAAGAGACAUCCCUAAAGUAAAGCUUGUUAGAACUAACAAGAGAGAGGGAUUGAUCAGAGGACGUCUUGUUGGUGCCAACACAGCAACAGGAGAAGUGAUAGUAUUUUUAGACAGCCAUUGCGAGGUGAACACUAAAUGGCUUCCYCCCUUYCUAGAAAGGAUCAAAAUGAACCGACGUACAGUUGUUUGUCCUCUUAUUGAUAUCAUAAGUGCACAUACUUUUGAYUACAAAGCAUCUCCUCUAGUCAGAGGGGGGUUUAAUUGGGGACUUCAUUUUACAUGGGAACCAAUUUCUCCUUCACUAUUGAAAAAGCCUGAAGACUAUGUUAAUCCAAUUAGAUCACCAACCAUGGCAGGAGGGUUGUUUGCUAUCAAUAGAGAAUAUUUUCAUCACCUUGGCAACUAUGAUGCUGGUAUGGAUAUAUGGGGAGCAGAAAAUCUAGAAAUUUCUUUCAGAAUCUGGAUGUGCGGAGGGCAGCUAGAAAUAAUCCCAUGUUCAAGAGUUGGUCAUAUUUUCCGUCAAAGGAGACCUUACAGUUCUGGUUCAAAGGGGGACACCAUGUCGUGGAACUCAAUGAGGCUAGCUGAAGUAUGGUUGGAUGAAUACAAGAAAUACUUUUAUGAAAUACGCAAUGAUCUCAAAGGAAAAGAGUAUGGUGACAUUACUAGUCGUGUCAAGUUAAGAGAAAAUCUAAAGUGUCAGUCGUUCAAAUGGUAUUUAGAAAACGUGUAUCCUGAGAUGCAUAUACCAAAUCAGGGAAGACCUCCCAUGUGGAACCUGCCAAAGAGAAGAAACCCAGCAGUUGUGUGGAAAGGCAAGCUUCAAGCRAAGGGAAAUGAUGAAUACUGCCUGGACAGUCCUGGAAAGUCCAAAGAAAAGAAGGCAAGGGUGGUUCUAAAUCUCUGCAUCGAGACAAAUUCAAAGAAAUGGCUAUUAAAUGAAGACAAUGAAUUAAAGAUUGACAAUCUCUUAUGCUUGGAAGCAUCAAGUAUACAAGCCAAAAAGAGUAUUCGAAACAUGAAAUGCCAUGGUGAGGGUGGAAAUCAAGAGUGGAAAUAUCUAGAGAAUAAAGGCAUGCUCUAUCACRCAGCAACUGGACUAUGUUUAGCUGUUGCUGAGACUGACAACAGAGUCCAAAUGGAGAUUUGUUCCAAAACAAAAUUYAGACAGAAAUGGGAAUUUGACAAAUGGCUCUGAAUUCACAAAUUUUCAUCAUUCUUUGGUGAUGUAAUGUUUUACUAAAAAUUUGAAAUCUGUUUUUUAUCUGGGUUGCUGGUUCUUAAAGCUAUGGGGAUAGAAUAAAAUGUCAUAAUAAGAUUUUUUUACUGGAUAUUGUGAAUAUAAAAAUUAAAUAAUUUCUGAAUUUUACAUAUUGUAUAAAACAGUCUAGUAUUUGAAAAUUUGGGGUCCAUUUAAGAGUGCUUUAUAAUGUCUAAUAUGGAAAACCUGAAGGCCACAUGAAUGCAUCGCAAAUGCUGGUAGCCUUGCUGCAUAUGCUUAACUUUAAUGAAAUAAAAUUUUGAAGCAACUUA